AUGAUUGUUCCUAUUAUCCUCUGUUUUAUAGCCAUUACAAAAAUAGAAGCGGAUGUUGGAUGUAUUCCAGAAUGUGAAGAGGAGAUAACGAAAUGUCUUAAUAUAAAUGAGGAAAAUUCAGAAAAAACGGAGACCGAAGAAGAAGUGACUUCCGGAGAAGAUGCUAAUGGGGGAGUGGCGCCAGAAGGAGCGAACACUGAAGGAGUGACUUCAGGAGAAACGACUAAUGAGGGAGUGACCACAGAAGAGGUGACCACUGUGGAAGUGAAUUCAGGGGAAACAAUAACUGAGGGAGUGGCGGCAGAAGAGGCCACCACUGAAGGAGUGACUUCUGGUGAAGCAACUACUGGGGGAGUGUCCAUAGAAGAGGCCACCACUGAAGGAGUGACUUCUGGUGAAACAACUACUCAGGGAGUGGUUGCAGAAGAGGCCACCACUGAAGGAGUGACUUCUGGUGAAACAACUACUGAAGGAGUGACCACAGAAGAGACCACCACUGAAGGAGUGACUUCUGGUGAAACAACUACUCAGGGAGUGGUGGCAGAAGAGGCCACCACUGAAGAAGUGACUUCUGGUGAAACUACUACUGAAGGAGUGACCACUACCCCUCUUCUCACUUCUUCAACUCCCAUCUAUUUGCCUGAUGGUAUAGGACCAGAGUGGAAAAUGCGCUAUCGACAUUGCCUGUUUUGUUGUGGAUGGGAUAUGGCCUGCAGGCUCAGCUGUGCGAGGCAAUUUGAGAACUACUGGUCUUCAAGUUCAGCAAAUUUUAAGCCAGAUGGACUCGUCCCUCCUAUUUUCAAACCGCAGUAA